AUGGCGUCGUCCAAAGCCGCCUUAAAGGCGGUUAAGGCUUCCUUGGACACCAGUCAAUUCGCCAAAGCAGCGGAGCAAGCCGAGGAUUUGCUCAAACAAGACGACAAGAACUACACAGCCCUCCUCUUCCUUGGAUUCGCAAGAGAGAAGCUUGGAGAUCUAGAGGCUGCAGAGAAAGCCCUGCACGGAGCUGCCACCGUCAAGCCCGACGAUGUCCAAGCUUACAAGGGGCUGGUGACUCUGUACGAAAAGCAAGGCAAAGCCAAAUUGGACCAAUAUCAUGAUGUGGCAUUCAGGUUGGCAGAGAUAUACGCACAGCAAGACGACAAAGGUCAAUGUCAGAACGUGAUUGACAAAUACGAGCUGUUUGCAAAGAAACAUGGCAGCCGAUCACAGUACCGUCGGGCGCUCGAGCUCAUUCUACCGACCUCAAGCCUCUACUCUACCCUCGAGGGCCGUGUUCUACAACCGAGUCUGGCCUACCAACGCAUCCUGGAGUCAGCAGAAGCCGAAGAGAAGGAGUGGAUCAACACGCAGAUUGGAGAAAGAAGGACGCGUCUUGGAGCAAAGAUUGAUCAAGUGACUCGACAAGUCAAAUGCGAGGCUAUAAGCAGGUUUCAGGUCGAGGAAAAGUACGCUGGUCUCAUUGAUUGGACAAGGGAUGAUGAUGCUCGUCACGAUCUCGAGCAGAAACUUUUCGAGCGCAUGUACGACAAUUUGCUUGUCCUGCCGGAGGAAUCCAAGCCUGUUCAACGGGACAAGGUCCUGAAUAUGGCAAAUGGCAUGGUCAUCAUCAAACACCCUUUUCUCUUGGCUUGGAAAGUCGCCCUUGAGUGGGUUGAUGCCGAAGAGCUGGGAGACUGGGAUGUCAACAUCUUUCGCGAGUACACUGGCUUCUUUCCAGAGGACGGCCUGAGCAAAGUGCUCCGUGGCUUUCUCGACAGCGACGCCUCGCCGUUUCCGCACCUACCAGUCGAAGAGAAGGAGGGAGAAGAGACGCCCCAGAGGCUUAGUGAAGCAGAACAGCUCAUUCUAAUGAAUGAAGGCCUUGAACGGUGUCCGGAAUCGCUGCUUGGGCAUCGAAUCAUGGCACAUGUCUACCUCGGUUUGAAAGAGUGGGAGAGCACCGUCGAUAUUGCGAGGAAAGCUCAGAAAUUGCACCUAGAUGCUCAACGCCGCUAUGCUAUUGACCUGCAAAACAGCCUCGACGGUGUUAACCUCAUCCUGGCAAAUGCAUUGAUCACAUUUCAAUCACCGCGACAUCACCCCGAAGCCAAAGCAUUGUUCCAAGACAUUCUCCGGCGGAAGCCCAAGCUUACUGCUGCCUUGUUAGGUGUGGGACUGAUCUACGAGGACGAUGAAGAUUACGCGGAGGCCGUCAAGUUCUUCGGCCAAGCAGCCGAACGUGAUCCAGAUAAUGCCAGGAUCAAGAUCGAGCUCGCGUGGUGUCGUGCGCACAAUGGGCAACUCCGCGAGGGCCUGCAGGGACUCCAGGAGGUGCUAUCAGCGAUCGAAUCAGAAAAGCAACAGAACUUGGCCAUGAAAUCAGUCACUCUGUACCGCAUCGCGUACUGCAAUUGGCAUAUUAACACUUCCGCAACCGCUCGGAAAGACAAGUCUGGUCCUUAUCAGUUUCUCAUCGCCUCCGUCAAGGCCGACCCAAAUUACGCACCCGCUUACACCCUCUUGGGGGUCUACUUUCAAGAUUACGGCAAAAGCAAAGCCCGAGCGCGCGUUGCCUUGCAAAAGGCAUUUGAGCUCUCCACCUCGGAGCUCGAAGCCGCGCACCGCCUCGCCAAGGCCUUUGCGGACAAUGCAGAAUGGGAUCUCGUGGAACUGGUCGCCCAACGUGUUGUGACGUCGGGAAAAGCCAGGCCGGCUCCAGGUUCGAAGAAGAAAGCUCACAGUUGGCCCUACACGGCGCUGGGGGUGGUGCAGAUGAACAAACAACAUUACACGCAAGCGAUUGUUUCCUUCCAGCAGGCACUGAGGAUCACACCAGAUGAUUACCACUCCUGGGUCGGACUCGGCGAGAGCUAUCACAAUGCCGGCCGACAUGUCGCUGCCACGCGGGCGUUUGCCAAAGCUGCGAGUAUCGAACACGGUCUGUCGCCCGAAGAGACCUGGUUUGCCAAGUACAUGCUCGCCAAUGUUCAACGAGAGAUGGGCUCCUUUGACGAGGCCAUUGCCGCAUACAGAGAGAUUCUUGUUCUGAAACCGACAGAGUUUGGAGUGCUUAUUGCGUUACUCCAGACGAUUUCCGAGAGUGCGUGGGCAAAGGUUGCGCUGGGUAUGUUUGGCGAGGCGGCAAAACUUGCCUCCUCUGUAAUCGAGCUGGCGAAGCAGAUCGCCGAACAGGGGACCGACGUGUUCAAUUUGUGGAAAUCUGUUGGCGAUGCUUGCUCUGUUCUUGGGCACGUCAAACUAUACACGAACACGACAGAGGUUCAGGCGGUGUCCGAUUUGCUGCAGAUUUCCCUCCAAGACGAGUUCAACACUCUCAAAGACAUCGACAAGGUCGAUUUUGGGUUCCUCACGGCCGCCGGCGACUCUCCAACUCCUACGGACACAGCGGACAAAUAUCUCUUGGCCGCGAUCCUCGCUCACAAACGUGGCGUCCAUGCUUCCUCAUCCGACCCACUCGCCCAAGCCGUCUCGUGGUACAAUCUCGGCUGGGCAGAACAUCAAGCUUAUGUUUCUGGCGGGGCAUCUCUCAAAAUGCAAGGCAAAAGACCUCGCAGAUUGCUUAAAGCGUCAAUGACAUGCUUCAAACGAGCCAUCGAGCUGGAAGCCGGCAACUCCGACUUUUGGAACGCACUGGGCGUGGUGACUAUGACACUUAGUCCCAAAGUCUCGCAGCAUUCAUUCGUGAGAAGUCUACAUUUGAACGAGAAUAAUGCUUGGACGUGGACGAAUCUCGGGGUGUUGUAUCUCUUGAACAGCGAUACUCAGCUCGCCGGUGAAGCUUUCACGCGUGCACAAUCGGAGGAUCCGGAAUAUGCGGAGGCAUGGAUCGGUCAGGGGUUUCUGGCGAUGUUGUUCGGAAGCCUGAACGAAGCGAGAGGUCUGUUCAUGCACGCGUUCGAGAUUGCGGACUCUUAUGUUCUCCCUGCAAAACGCCACUUUGCGCUGUCAGCGUUUGACCAUUUGCUCAAGGAUUCGUCUCGGUCCCAGGAGGUCAUUGCUUUGUUGAGGCCCCUCUUCGCCUUGCGCCAGUUUCAUGUCCUGGAGCCAGGUGAUAUGAUCGCGACUCAUCUCAUGGCUCUAUUUGCGGAACGGGUUGGGGAUCAUUCUACGAGCGUCGAGGUCUUGCAGGAAGUCUGCGACGCGGCCGAAGCAGAGUAUGAAAAGUCCGAGUCGGACGAAUACCUGGUCAGGUUUGCGCAGGCGAAAGCCGAUCUAGCUCGUGCACAGCUUGCGUGUGGCGAGUACGAAGAAGCAGUUUCCAACGCGGAGACUGCGCUCGAUCUGUCUGGUGAACCUGGUGAUCUUGGCCCGGCAUAUGCAGAAGCUCGCCGAAAAUGGCGCCUUUCAGCACAUCUGACGGCAGGCCUUGCACAAAGUCAUUUGAAGCAGAUUGAAAGCUCGAUCAAAAUGUUUGAGGUGGCGCUACAGGACUCCGAUCGGGAACCAGAUGUUGUCUGCAUGCUGGCCCAAGUUCUGUGGGCAAAAGGUGGCUCGGAGGAGAAGGAGGCGGCGAGAUCGCAGCUGUUUGACGUGAUUGAAAACCAUCCGGGACACGUUCAGGCCGUCGCCUUGCUCGCGGUCACCGGCCUGUUAGACAACGAUGAAGAUGUGCUGGAAGCUGUAGAGGAAGAUCUCAAGGCAUUGAGACGUGGAGACGAGAUUGGAGUGCUGGACAAGAUUCGCGUCAGUAAAGUCCUGGCUGGCAUUGUUGGCUGUCGACCUCGGAAAACCCCCGCGGAUCAAGUGGAUGACGUUGCAGUGGUUGCAGAUGCUCUUAACGGGAUCAUGCUUGCACCAGGGCAACCGCAAGGCUGGCUUGAACUCGCGCAAGCGGUGGACGGGGACGAAGACGGCCGUGUUUACGCUGCCGAAAUGGCGGUGCUUAAUGCUGAGAGACAGAUUCCACCGGGUGGCAACCUCACUGCGGAGGACUUGGCUAGGGCCUACGAAGGGACGAGCAGAGCAGAGGAUUUUCUUAAGGCGAAGAUGCUCGCGCCGUGGAGGCUGGAGAUCGCUGCUGAGGUUUCGUGA